AUGGAGGUCUAUUCGAAGGGAUGGGCACUUUUCUUGCUAGGUUGGACUGUCUAUCCUAAUCUGCAAUUCAGCCUAGCCAACUUCGUUCUGGAUUAUUGGGACAAUGUGGUCUUCAUUUUAGCGCAAACAAUGAAGAUGGAUCCGUCUUUUCCGGAUGUACUGGUUAUCCACCGACCAUUGGACUGCAAUUUCACUGACUCGUUCUGUCGCUGGUCUAAUGAUCAGAACAAUUGGCCAAUAAAUUGGGAACUUCGUGCAGUUGACCGGAAAAUUUCCAUCGGAAAUGAGUUAUGCCUGAAAGUUCCAAGUGUCCCUCAGAAAGCAGAUCUCUCCGCACGUUUAUUUGGUCCUCUGCUUUCGGCACCGGACAACACACGUUGUUUGCGUUUAGCAUAUGUCGUUCAUCCACACCCAUCGUCUUUGAGUGGGCUAGAUCGGGCGGGUCCAAAAUUAGCUCUAAUGCGUCGGCAAAUGGGGUGA